UUCCCAUUUGUCCAUUUCUCCAAGCACACUCUUAGCACCUCUCAAACUCUCAGCCUCUCCCCCUCCCAUCUCUUUCUCUCUCCCCCUUUGUGCUUCCCUACGGGGCCAACACAUUCCCAUUGCCUUAGAGAUGUCGAAACUUUCUUUGCAUGCCCAGCUGAUCGAUACGCCGUAAGCCAUAUUAUUUCUCAUUUUUAGUUACCCUUUGUAAAGGGCGCGCACCCACAAGUGCGCGCACCCUCACCACUAGUCCAUGCAAUGUCGGUGGCUCACCGUUACAGCAACCACAGUCGUCAUCAUCAUUACGAUCACCUACUCUUCGCCGUGUUAUUACUAGCUGCCUUUGCCGUUCCUGCCAAAUCGGGGAAUUCCGAGGCAGAGAUCCUCCUUCGGUUUAGCAAGUCCUUGCAACAAAAUGGCGCAUUCGCCAAUUGGAAUCCUAACGUACAACCUUGCAACAAAACCACCGACAAGUCUAAUUGGGCUAAUGUUAUUUGCGAAAAUGGAUUUGUUUUCGGGUUGCAAUUGGAGAAUAAAGGCCUUAGCGGGACAAUCGAUGUGGAUGCUCUUAAAGAUUUGCCUAAUUUCAGGACCAUAAGUGUCAUGAACAAUAAUAUCGAAGGACCUUUACCGACUUUGAGUAAAGUUGCGGGGUUGAAAACGGCUUAUUUCUCAAACAACAAGUUCUCUGGGGAAAUUGACAACAAUGUUUUCGAAGGGAUGCAUUGGUUAAAAAAGCUUCAUCUAGAACACAAUCAAUUUACCGGUAAAAUCCCCUCCGUUUUGGGUAAGUUGCCUAAGCUAACCGAACUGAGGCUUGAAAACAACAAAUUUGUAGGCCAAAUACCUGAUUUUAAUCAAGAGAGACUUAUGGAUAUGAAUUUCUCCAACAACUCUCUUGAGGGCCCUAUUCCUCGUGGCCUUUAUAAUCUCAAAGCUUCAGCGUUUGAAGGUAAUGAUCUGUGUGAUGGGCCAUUGACGAAAUGCUCGAGUGAACCAAAAAUAGCUCUUUGGACAAUAAUAUUGGUGGUUAUUGUAGUAGUGGCAGCAAUAGCAGCAAUUGUUGUUGUUAUCAUCAUUCUUCGGCAGCGCAAGCAGACGCCUGAAAUGGAAACAAGAGCAACCGCUUUACCCACCGGUGCUGGGGGCGCCACUAACCCGAAGGUGCCCUCAGCAGAUCUAGACAGGAUGGAACAGGGCAGCAGCCAAGUAAUGGCCUCUGCUGCUGUUCCAGACCGUUCUCCGGAGGGAGCAGGCGGCGGGAAUAAGAAGCAUGAAACACAAGCAGUUCAGAAACUUCUAUUCUUGAAAGAUGACAUAGAAAAGUUUGAUUUGCCAGAUUUAUUGAAGGCUUCAGCUGAAAUAUUGGGUAGUGGGGUAUUUGGAUCGACUUAUAAAGCUGCACUUAACACUGGACCUGUUAUGGUUGUCAAAAGGUUUAGGCAAAUGAAUAAUGUUGGGAAGGAAGAUUUUCAUGAGCAUAUGCGAAGACUAGGCAGAUUGAGCCAUAAGAACUUGCUUCCUGUUGUAGCUUUUUACUACAGGAAGGAGGAAAAGCUUUUGGUCUCCGAGUAUGUUAACAAUGUCAGCCUUGCUGUUCAUCUUCAUGGUAAUAAAUCCCGCGGGCAACCAAGCCUUGAUUGGCCAACUCGGUUAAAAAUCAUUAAGGGAGUUGCCAAAGGACUAUUGUACCUCUACAACGAGCUACCAAGCUUGACAGCACCCCACGGUCACCUCAAAUCCUCCAACGUUCUUCUAAACGAGUCAUACGAGCCACUCCUCACUGACUACGCAUUACUACCAGUAGUAAAUCUUGAACAUGCUCAAGAACACAUGAUUGCUUAUAAAUCGCCCGAAUUCAAGCACAGCGGACGAAUCACACGGAAAAAUGAUGUAUGGACACUUGGAAUAUUAAUCCUCGAGAUUAUUACGGGCAAAUUCCCGUCCAAUUUCUUGCAACAAGGCAAGGGAAGCGACACCGAUUUGGCCACGUGGGUAAGAUCUGUUGUAAACGAGGACAUGUCAGACGUAGAGGUUUUCGAGAAGGACAUGAGAGGGACAAAGAAUGCAGAGGGGGAAAUGAUGAAGCUAUUGAAGAUAGGAUUGGGUUGUUGUAAUCUUGAUAUAGAUAAGAGGUUUGAUAUGAAGGAAGCAAUGGAGAGGAUUGAGGAAGUAAAAGAGAGAGAUGGGGAUGAUGAUUUUUACUCUUCAUAUGCAAGUGAAGCUGAUUCUACAAGAGGAUUAUCUGAUGAUUUCUCUCAAGUCCCUAUGAACAUCUGAAGAGUGCCACUCAUGUGUGAGACUUUUUAAUUUGUUUAAACUCAUGAUGGUAAAUAUAGGAUGGGACUUUUAUUUUGUUUGAUGCAUGGUUGGGGGACGUAUAUGGUCAAUGAACCACGAAAUAAAUAAAUAUGAAAAAAACGAGAGAAAAUGAACUGAUAUUUUUUGUUGCUAUUCAAGUGAAGCAAGCGAACAUGUAAAUUGUCCUUGAUGAAUCUAGUUUAGCUAGUUGCCUUACCUUUUCUUUUUCUUUUACUUUUUUUUUUUCUUUUGGGGGAAAAUUCAACUGGCUUAUUAUAUUUGGGGAUUGUAAGAGUAAACCCACUAGCAAGAACAACCAAUUGUGUACCUUUCUAUUUCUAUUGUGGAAAUCGUAUAACUUACCAUCAAAA